AUGUCAUACGAACCUAGUCUCAACCCACUCUCCGUCCGAUGCGAUCGCGAAAUCCCGACAUGUGGCAAGUGUGCUGAUCUAGAUACCGAUUGCAUCUAUCCGGAGCGCCAGGUACGACAAGUUGCUAAAAGAGUCGGUGGCCAUGGAGCGACAGAUGACACCCUGAACGCUAUUCUCCAACGAUUGGAACGUAUUGAAAGGAUUGCAGGCUCAGCAUCCACAACAUCGCCCCAGAGUGGCACCCCUGCCAGUCUUGAAACGACGCAUAUCCAGUCUGGGACACAGUCUUCGAGGUUGUCACCGUUUGCCAUCUCCAGAGACCAUGCAGCAUCCGAUGCUUCUCAUAGACAUUCUACAACCAGGAACUUGCCGGCAACAUCACCCCAUCUACCUGAGCGAGGUCCUCGCGCAGUCUUGCAAGAAGCGCUGAGACGAGUACAAGACAUCAACCUCCAGGCCCUAUCUGUCGAGACAGUUACAGCCACUAUCGACGUACCACCUGAGCUUGCCAAAACCUGGAUCCAGCGGUACUUUGAGGUGAUGCCCACUGACAUCUUCCUUAGUCUCGUUGACCGCAGGGUUAUUGAACUACUGCCAGAUAUGAUAGGUCUACCGCAUAUCCGCUUAGACCCAGCUAUUCUUGUGGUAUACUACUACAUAUUACGUAUGGGGUGCACAAUACCAGUGAUUGAUCAAGAACAAAAUGCUCACUUCACUGGAAUACAUUAUGCUAGAAGCAUGUACAUCUGCUGUCUCCGCGCCAUACCGAAUUGGCAGCGAGAGGCUGUAGGAUCCACAACAGAUCUUGUCGCGGCUACUAUGCUGACACAAGCAGCAUCAGAUGCACUAGAUCCGCAAUUAAGUGCCCAACUGUUUCAACUUGCCAGCAAGUACGCAAUAGGUCUAGAUCUGCAUAACACAGACAGCCCGAACUAUCCAUCAGGCUUUGGACAAGACAACAUCGACGAAGUCCGUCGAGGAUUCUGGGAGCUUAUGCAUUACGAGUUCUUUCAUCGACUAGUAUACGACGACCCUCCCACCAUGACGGCUCAGAUGAAGCAAUGGAUAGUGUCCUUACCCUGGCUGGAGUCCUGUAAGCGACCUGUCUCGCAAGAGGUGCCGACUAUCCGGUUCAUACUCAAGUCGCGUCUUACUUUCAUCCUGGCCGAAUUCUUUAUGCUACUGGAGAACAUCAGUGGGCGUCUUGAAGGCGAGUCGUUGGCUCAAGUCCUUGCACUAUGCCAGCAAAUCGAUGACCUCUACAAGGAUUGGGAUAUCGACACCUGGAAAACAAGUUCAAAAGAAAACAAGCUGCAUUCCUGGAUGCUUGCCGAUUUAACAAUCGCUGGCUACACAUGCAUAGUCUUCAUGCUCCACAAGGCAUCGUUUACCACUGCCGAGUUACCGCAGGAAAUAUUACAGCUCCCCAUAGCUCUGAACGCUUCUAGACAGGUCCUCAAAGCUGGAAACGAACUGCUAAAGCAGUGCCCGUAUGCCGGGACUCUAUACUAUCUGUUUGGUACCUAUCAUAUUGAGGCCGCUUACGCCUGUCUUAUCUCCAGCGUAAUGAGUUUACCUGAAUUUCAUGCGACUCAAGAAGACUUUAAAUUGCUACAAGGCUUCACACGGGAUUUUUCAAACUUGGUAGUGGAAGAUGAGUCUUUCCGGCCUCUCCUGGCUGCCUUGAGAACAAUCAAUAGUAGUGUUUAUGCAAACACAGACUAG